AUGAAAUUCUCUUCAUCUACUCACACUCACAAAAGUAAAAGAUAAUUAUUAAAACUAUAGAUUGGAGGUGAGGAAUUCUUAGAAGAAUUAACUUAUUAUAAUUAAUUGGAAUUGUCUACAUCUUCAAAAUCGAAUGAGAAAUGGAAAAUGGAUGCUGAUGAGGCCACUAUAUAAUUUCAUGAUUUCAAAAAAAUUUAAGUUUAAAAACAUAACCAAUUUUAAUAACUUCCCUCAUAAAGUUGCAAGAUAAAGAAAUUAUUCCUAAGAAUACUUAAGUACAAUAAAUAAUUUCAUAUUGAAUUACUUUCCAUACCACAAACUUAAGAUUAUUUAAAUUCUAAAGAUAUUUUCCAAUCAUUUUUUUUUUUCUAAGUACAUUUUGAUAGAAAAAACUCCUAGCUUAAAUAAAAGCAAAAUUACAUCAUCCAUAAUUGGUCAAAUAACAGAUUUAAGAAAUUCUAGGAAUAAUUAAUGUUCUAUGAGGUGAUACUGAAAAUAAAUUGCUAUUUGUCUUGA